UAAAAGGAUUUAUAAGAGGAUACAUACAUAUACAACAAGUACAUAUAUAUAUUUAUGUAAAACAAGAGAAAAUAGCAAAACAAUAUAAUUCUAGCCAAAAAGGGGGAGACUUCUCUACUAUUCUUACACUUUGUGUGUAUACUUGACCUUUUACAUACAAAAAAGCUAUAGAAAUUCCAGAAACUCUUGUUUAUUGUUUUACAUUAUAUUUAAUCUAUCCUGUGUGCUUUUAACACUGUUCUGUUCUAGUACUUUAGUUGUGAAAAGUCUACGAAGACGCAAAGUUGAUUGUCUCCUCCAGGGGCAAAGAAUCACAAUUAAGGCAAAGGCUGUCAAGCCCACAACUUUUUCCCUAGACUUAAAACAGUGUGUAGCAGAAACUCAACCUUCAAUAUCAGCUAACAAAAUACUGGGCACCUUCUAGGCAUUGGAGUACAAAGCAGGGCACAAAAUACUUAAAAAUCCACGCCCAAGGGCCGGGGAUGAAGCUUAGUAAAGUGCCUGUCUGAUAUGCACAAAGCCCUUGGUUUGAUUCCUAGCCCUGUACAAACAAAUAAGGAGUAUAAACCCGGUUUGGUGGUGGCCGCCUUUAAUCUCAUUACUCAGGAGAGGAAGGCAAGAGUUCAAGAUCAUUCUUAACUACACAGCCAUUGUGCUCCCUCCCACUACAAUGGGCGGCCGGGGUGAAGAGUAUCAAAAUCCAAGCCCAAAGCAGCUUAUAUCAGGCACUCAAUUAGCCAGCCAUCAUAUUUCAUUUGGGCCUUUGCAACCUGGGAAGUGAGGACCACCGGGUUUGGCAGAGAAGGAUAUUGAGGAUUACGUGCGGCUGAGAUCAUUGGGGUCAUUAGUGGGCGUGGGGAUUAGCAUUCUAACCCGGGUCUCAGCUGGUGAAUCAAUUACACCUAAGCCAUUCACCCAAUCAGCAUCAAGUGCCGACUGCGGGCUUGUAGGUACCAUGCAGGUCAAGUCCGGAAAGGCGUUAGCGGAGCGCACACGACUGGCGAAGGCCCUCAGUACAAAUCGCGGGAUUUUGGCGCGCUCUUUUUGUUGGCUGGGUGUUCUCGCCAGUGAUUGGUUCCGGGCUGUCGCGGCUGCUGGGUCUACCUCGGCUGUAGAAAGGCGGCGCAGCUCUUCGCUGGCCUCCUGGGGGAUGGGCCACCAGGAAUCUCCACUGACCAAAGCAGCGGCGGGAGGUGCAGCUUACAUAAAGAGGUUACGUAAAGUGCUCAGCUGGCGCGAACUCGAGGACAGCCACGGGAACCUGGAAGCCGAGGCCUCCCCCGGGAGCGCUGCUGUCAUCUCAGGAGUAGCGCCGCGACCUGCUACACGUCCAACCAGGCUCCCCGCCUCGCGCCCUACUCGGCUCUGCAGACAACUCCGGCUCGGAACGGAUCAUCCUCCGGCGCGGGCUCCAAGGGGGAACCGGUCCGCCCGGAAGAGGAACAGCGCCGGCCAGAUCACAAUCCAAGGUACCGCUCCUCCGCAUCUCCGGGCUAGACGGAGGGAUGAGGCAGGGGGGGCCCGGGCGGCGCCGUUGCUGCUCCCCCCGCCCCCCGCAGCCAUGGAAACGGGGAAAGAGAACGGAGCCCGCAGAGGGACAAAAAGCCCGGAGCGGAAAAGGCGAAGCCCAGUGCAGCGGGUACUCUGCGAGAAGCUGAGGCCGGUGGCCCAGGCCAAGGAUCCGGCUAUGGCCGAGGUCCCGGGCGAGGCCUUCCUGGCCCGGCGGCGGCCGGAUGGCGGCGGCGGGGAUGUUCCUGCACGGCCGCGCUACAGCCUGUUGGCGGAGAUCGGGCGCGGCAGCUACGGCGUGGUUUAUGAGGCUGUGGCUGGGCGCAGUGGGGCCAAGGUGGCAGUCAAGAAGAUCCGCUGCGACGCUCCUGAGAACGUGGAGUUGGCACUAGCUGAAUUUUGGGCCCUAACAAGCCUCAAGCGGCGUCACCAGAAUAUCGUGCAGUUUGAGGAGUGUGUCCUACAGCGCAAUGGGUUAGCCCAGCGUAUGAGUCAUGGCAACAAGAACUCACAGCUUUACCUGCGCCUGGUGGAGACCUCGCUCAAAGGAGAAAGGAUCCUGGGCUAUGCUGAGGAGCCCUGCUAUCUCUGGUUUGUCAUGGAGUACUGUGAAGGUGGAGACCUCAAUCAGUAUGUCCUGUCCCGGAGACCUGACCCAGCCACCAACAAAAGUUUCAUGCUACAGCUUACAAGCGCCAUUGCCUUCCUGCACAAAAACCACAUCGUGCACAGGGACCUAAAGCCAGACAACAUCCUGAUCACAGAGCGGUCUGGCACCCCCAUCCUCAAGGUGGCAGACUUUGGACUGAGCAAGGUCUGUGCAGGACUGGCACCUCGAGGCAAAGAGGGCAAUCAAGAUAACAAAGAUGUGAAUGUGAAUAAGUACUGGCUGUCCUCAGCAUGUGGCUCAGACUUCUACAUGGCUCCCGAAGUCUGGGAGGGACACUACACAGCCAAGGCGGACAUCUUUGCUCUGGGCAUUAUCAUCUGGGCAAUGAUAGAAAGAAUUACUUUUAUUGACUCUGAAACCAAGAAGGAGCUCCUGGGGACCUACAUUAAACAAGGGACUGAGAUCGUCCCUGUUGGUGAGGCGCUGCUAGAAAACCCAAAGAUGGAGUUGCAUAUCCCCCAGAAACGUAGGACUUCCAUGUCUGAGGGGGUCAAGCAGCUCUUGAAAGACAUGUUAGCUGCUAACCCACAGGACCGACCUGAUGCUUUUGAACUUGAAACCCGAAUGGACCAGGUCACAUGUGCUGCUUAAACUCCAGGGCUGAACGUCUUGGGUGUUGUUAAACUAGGUCGAUCCUUCGGGACCCACAGUCUCAUCGUGUCUCGGACAGGAUGGCAGAGGGUGCAGGUCGUGGUGAUCUCCUGACAGCUGGACCUCCCACAAUGUGAAGCUUUUGCUUGGGUUUCCCACUCUACCCUUUUCUUUCUCCUUUAUUAUAAUAAUAAUUAUUUUUUUUAAACAUUAAACCAUUAAGUCUUCUGAGGAACAGAAGGCUAUACUCUGGACAGGCACCUUUUUAUUGUUUUUGUUUUGUUUUUAAGAACAUUGAAUGUGGACAAAGCUUAUGCAUAUAGUCACUGUUAACUUCUUAGGAAGCAAUUUUGGUUUUAUUUUUCAUGUUCUGUUUCUUUCUUACACACAUCUCAGUUCUUCGUUAACAUCCCACUUCCCACAGAAGUUCUGUCUACCCAGAGUUUGGUAUUUCUCCUGGAAAGGGAUAGAAGAUCUGAGGAAGCAGCCUCUGAGUUGCCUUCCUCCAGAUGUGGGAGCUGCUGAACGUCUUGGAUGCUGGUCCUGGCCAGCCCUCAGGCCUCAGACAAGAUCAGAGAUGAAGAACCUCUCAGAAGAGGAACCACCAGGGUUUGGCCAGAGGGACUCUAGAAAAAAGACCUAAACCAUGGGUUUGGUUCUGUUUAAGUUCUUGGGAGCUCUAGGCCACACCCGGACUCAGUGUAAUAGGCAUUGCUUCUCUCUUCUGCCCUUUCCAACUGGGGUCCCUGAGGAAAGAGACCAAGAGUGGUCAUCCCAUCACCUGGGGAUAGAGAGACCCCACCCCUAUUCUCCUGCACAAGCCUAUCUUCUAUUAGGACUGUUGUGCCAAGUCCCCCUCUCCCCCCAUCCCCACUCCGUCAGACUUGGUCUUCCUUGGCCUCUCAUCACUACUAUGAGGCUGACACCUUCCACACUCUUGUACUUCUGGAUUGUCUUCUCUAUGUGCUACAAGUCCAGCCUGUCACAGAGACUACCUAGGUCCCAAGAUCCAGUUUUGAUCCUUGCAGAGUACCCUCAACUGGCUGCUGCCAUCAUUUCCUCACAGUGAAAGGUGUGCCCUGUGUACAGGAUCCCUAGUGUCACCACUGGGUGACACUGCCAAGCGCCAUCUCUUACCCCCAGGGACUUCAUGUUAGGUAUCAACCUCUAUGUCACUGUUGUCUGACGAGAAGAGAAAGGACCUGCCUCAAGAGGGAGGUAUGAGGCAAUUAGGGGUGCCCAGGUUAUUAGAGGCCCAUAUAGCAGCUAGCCUUAUAAAGCACCCCCAACCUAGAUCCCCGUGACUGCCAAACACCCUUGCAGUGUGCUUACAACCUCCUGAGGGAAGACCCCCUCCCUCCAGCUGCCUCAUGGACCCCACCAUCCUCUCUGGUGUUGCCCUCUACUUAGAUGCACCUUUGGUUGGUCCAAAACUUUCCCAGACUUCACCUUGUUCUGGCCUCUGGACAAGGAAAGAAAGUCUCUGUUCAUUCUUGUUUAUACUUCCUAAACUAGUGCAGGAUGGAUAGGGAGAUAAGAGGUUGAGGGGAAUUUUCCCUUGAGCAGGGUCCUUGUUCCUGUAGUGUGGGGAAGGUCUGCACAGCUGACCCUGCUUAGUUAGCUCCUCCAAGUCUCACUUUCCAGCCUUCUCUUGGGCAACUCAGCACCAAAGUUUUUCUCCUCUUGGCCAGAGGUCAGUCAGCAGCUGUUCUGGGGGUGCAUGACUGCAGGUGGAACCUUACUUACCUUGUGCUGCACUGUGAUAGCAUCUCGUCUCCUGGAGUGACUUUUUAAGCAGCCUCCUGAGCCUAAUCAGUGGCACCUGGGAGGGUGGGAACAGCGGCAUCCCCUAAUUGCAAGAUACAUUCCACUUCUGUUCUGCUACCCUCCCUUCCCUUGGGUGCUGCUAUCCCUUUGUGCCUGAGCAAAUGGGAAAAGCAGUCGCUGAGCUCGGUACCCUAACUCUUCCCUGCUCCAGUCCUGCUCUGGGUUCCUGGUAAAGACUCAGGCCUAGCAAAUCACUAUUCUGUCUACCUUAAUUCUUUUCUUUCCCCUGUCUCUCUCUUACUUAGCUCUUGGUCCAGCCGAGACCUGGGAUAGUGCUUUCCCACUGCACUUUUCUUGGUGUCAAUGCAGCCCCUGUAGAUUGCAGGUGGGUUCCUGGUGAGGGGUAGCCUGCUUCCCUGCACCUUUUCUUCCAUGACUCCCAGCUAGUUCUGGCCUGGAGAUUGCACCUCUUUCUCUGGCUCAAACAAGAGCCAGGUCUUGAGCCCCAAGUGCCUGCUCCUGCUCUUUUCGCCCUUUCCUCCC